GCAAGCGAACACGCGCUCUCCAGAGAAAGAGAGAGUGUCCUGGAAUGAAAGUCAGUGACCUUGACUGUAUACUGUCUCUUCUUCGUAGUAAGCCCAAGGCAGAGCCAGCAGCGGCCGGGCAAGAGUGUGCCGAUAAUUGACAGAUCAUUGGCAAAUUGGGUAAGGAUGACAAGCUCAGCGAUGACUCAAAAACAGCAAAGAAAGUCUCUUUCGGCAAAAAAGGGUCCAAUAAAGGGUUUAAAGAAUGUUUUGGCUAACCCCCAUGAAAAUUAUUGGCCUCUUCUAAAACAUGAGCGUGGUGCAGCUUUAAAAAAUCUUUUGAAAAGAUUAUUGCCAGUGCUAAAACGUACGGAACAAAAAGUUCCAUGGGGUCAGCUACGCAAGCUGAAUAAAGAAGAAAGGCUUGCUGCUAAAAAAGCUGCUCAAAUUCAAUCCAAUGCAGAAUAUGAUGCAGAAAUUGCAAAAUUCAUUGUUCUUGGAAUAAAUGCAGUUACAAGAUUGUUAGAGAAAAAUAAUACAAGCGUUAUAUUAUUAGAAGCUGGUGUAGACCCUUCAUUACUAGUAAAACAUAUCCUUGAUAUGGCUAAAAAUAAAAAUAUUCCAGUUGUGCUUAUACCUUUUUUGAAGGACAUAUCAUUGGAAACUAUUGGUUAUACUUGUGCAGCAAUCAGUUUGAAGAAAGAUGCAGAGUCUACAGAUAAUUAUUUUUAUGAGCUUUAUAAAAAAAUAAGUGAAUUAUCAGCAGAGUUACCAAAACCAAAGACUCUUGUUUCUUUAUUUCACAAUGAAAGUAUACUUGAAGAUAAUGGAAAUCAAAUGAGAAUCGAAACUAUAGAGGAAGAUGUUAUAGCAACAAAACCUAUUACAGUGUCAACUGAUGUUUAUUUAUGUAGAACAUCAAAGAAAGAAAGAGCUUUUGUACCAAAUUAUUCAUCACAUAGUAAACCAAAUUUUGAAAAUAAAUGGACUGAUUUUAUAGCUUUAAAUGACGAAAAAAAUUAUGUAGAUCAAAAGAAAGUGCCUUCACGAUUUUUUGGAAGUUUAGUUUCCGAUAGUGACAAAAAUGAGCAUAACAAUGAUAGAAUUCAAUAUUAUAAAAGGAAGAAGACAUUAAGUGACAGUGAUGAACCAUCGGCUAAAGUUAGUUAUAAACCUCUGAAAGUAAAAAGAUUACAAGGUGAUCAGUCAAGAAAAAAAGCUACUAAAAAACCUAAAGUUAAAAGGAAAAAGUAACGAAUGCAAGCUUUCUAUAAAUAAAGAAUGGCAUUUUUAUACAAAAAUUGUACACUAUUUACAAAAAUAUUUUACAUUUAUAUCUCUUUGAACUGUAAUUCUUAUAAAUAUUUCUGGAGUAACAAU